AUGGCGAUCGCCGACAGCCACCACCACCCCAAGUGGGGGAUAUGCCCCUUCUGGCAGUCCGCAGCUCCGUCGUCUUCUUCCUCUUCCACCCAGAAUCUGUACGACCAACCACCCCAGAACCACGGCCACCAGUACGGCGGCGCUGCUCCCAACACGCGCUCGUCCGCCGUAUCGUCCGUCGCCAGAUCGAUACUCCCCGCCCGUCGGAGACUCCGCCUCGACCCUUCCAGCAACCUCUACUUCCCUUAUGAACCAGGAAAGCAGGCUAGGAGUGCUGUUAGGAUUAAGAACUCCAGCAAGUCAUAUGUGGCUUUCAAGUUUCAAACAACUGAACCCAAGAGUUGUUACAUGCGACCGCCUGGCGGUAUUCUUGCUCCUGGAGAAGGCCUCAUAGCCUCCGUGUUCAAAUUCGUGGAGAAUCCGGAGAACAACGAGAAACCCGUAAAUCAAAAGAGCAAGGCUAAGUUCAAAAUCAUGAGCCUUAAAGUGAAAGAAGGAACAGAUUACGUCCCUGAGUUGUUUGACGAGCAAAGGGAUCAAGUGACCGUUGAACGUAUAUUGCGGGUUGUAUUCUUGGAUCCCGAGCGUGCUAAUCCUGCGCUCGAUAAACUGAAGCGCCAGCUGGCCGAAGCAGAUACUGCACUCGAAGCUCGAAAGAAGCCUCCACAAACUGAUACAGGCCCGCGUGUGGUUGGGCUCGGUGAAGGUCUCGUUAUAGAUGAAUGGAAAGAACGUCGGGAAAAGUAUCUUGCUCGGCAGCAAGUUGAAGCGGUAAAUUCAGGGUGA